GCUGUCAGUGAGACUGCUGGCCUCGUCGACUGAGGGACUGGAAGGGAGUAGGAUUUAGGUGGCACCCUUAAAAGAGAGGCGAAGGAAUCGGAAGAGGAGAGAGGAGAACCCUGAGCAAGGAGGUCGGGGAAGAGAGACCUUGCAGCUCAGAGAAAGUGGUUGGUGAAUGACAAUCAUGGCUCAGGUGCUACAUAUGGACACCAGUUUUCCAGGUACUGUCCCAACUUUAUUGGAAGAUUAACCCCCGGCUCCCCCCUCCUUGCACGGAAAGAAUCAAGAGGCUCCAUAUUCAGUUGAGACCCCCUAUGGCUAUCGUCUGGACCUGGACUUCCUCAAGUACGUCAAUGAUAUUGAGAAAGGCAACACCAUAAAAAAGGUGCCUGUGCAACGGCGCCCACGUUAUGGCUCACUUCCACGUGGCUAUGGCUAUACAGGCUCCUGGUGGACCUCCACUGAGUCACUGUGCUCCAAUGCCAGCAUGGACAGCCGUCACUCAUCAUACUCCUACUGUGCGCCAGGCUUCCACAGCUCACAGCGGCCCAACUUCAGUACGGCACGUGUGGAGAAGACCUUGUUGGACGCCCGUCUCAAGCUGGAGGAAGAAAAGGAUGGCCGUCACUUAUCCAAUCUGAGCAGAAUGCACAGCAGCGUUGCCGGCUCCAACACCUCCCUUUCCAGUGCGCAUAGCUUCAAUCGUACCCAGGGAGGUGGGUCCUUUACACCAAUAAGCUCUGGCUUGUCCACACCCAUGUCACCUACACCCGCCCAUUUGCAGCACGUACGGGAGCAGAUGGCUAUCGCUCUACGGAAAAUUAGGGAGCUUGAAGAGCAGGUGAAGACCAUUCCAGUGCUGCAAGUGAAGAUCUCCGUGCUCCAGGAGGAGAAAAGGCAGCUCAGUGUGCAACUCAAGAGCCAGAAGUUCCUGGGCCACACGCUGGGGUUCAGUCGGAGCCGUCCACGUGGAGAGCUUUACAUCGACAUACCCGAGGAGGAGGUGGGAAAUGGGGCAGGAGCCAGAAACCGAGCUGCAGGAAGCCUUUCUCCUACCACUCCUGGCUCCCUCCAGGACUCAGGCUGUGAGAUUGAAGACACGGUAAUUGUCGGUGGAGACCGUCCAGGUGCAAGGAAAGAGGUGCGAACGGUAGGUGUGGGGCCAGAGGUAGAGGAAAGGAGCUAUCAUCAAGUGGGUGUAGGGGUGCGAGAGGAGGACUUGGGGCUGCUGCCUGACGCUGAAGCCCUGAAGACUAAGGUAGGGCUUUUGGAGGUUCAGCUAAGGAAGACUAUGCAGGAACUGCAGAGUGCUCAGCAGCAAGUGGAAGCAGCUCAGAGAGAGAAGCAGGUUCUUCCUCCUCAGGUGGACCAUGCGGUAAAGGCCACAAGUCUAGGCUGGCAGGAGGAGCAGGGGCAGGCUGGUGUGGGCCUGCACACUGUUGUCAGUUUCACCCAGCAGCCCCAGCAGCAGAGGACCGUGGGUAUCCAAGUGUACACAUUGGAGCAGCCCACAGUGGUGGGUGUGGGGACACUGCUGAGACCCCAGGGUUGCAGUUCUCCUGCUCAGCCCGUAUCUGCAGGCACACUGGAGGGGCCCCAUAGAAGACAUGCAGAGUCCCUAGGAACUCAGGAAUCACCACGCGAGUUUCCCAUUGCAAUAAGCUCCAAGCAGGUGCGAGAAGUCUUGAGGAGCGAAGUAUCCAAGUCAGUGCCAGUGACCAACAAGGCAACCGCCAUGGACACAAAAUGCAGCCAGGUGACUCCUGUCUGCCAGCGGCUAAAAGAGGGAGAGAUUAGCCAGCAAUCAUCAGAAGAAGCCAUCCAAAUAGAUGCCAUAAAACCAGCCUCCCUUCAAUACACCCUGAGGUCAAUCAUGAAGCGAAAGGCUGAUGGGGAACCUGGUUCUCCUUACACUAAAAAGAACCUGCAGUUCAUUGGAGUCAAUGGAGGGUAUGGGUCUACAUCCUCAGAGGAGAGCAGCUUGGAAAGUUCAGAGGAUGAGAGUGAUGCAAGCGAAUACCACGAGGCUACUGAGAAAUUACCGGAAUCUGCAGCACAGCAGCUCCUGGUUACCCCAUGCAGCCCUGCUUCUCCUACAUCCAGUGAGACAUCAGAUGCCCUUACACCUCAGCAUAGCACUGCCCAGUCACCAGCCAAUGAUACUGAAACACAGCAAAUCACCAGCCAAUCACAAGCCAUGGAUGCAGCUACCCAGCAGCAGGUUACCCAAUCACCAGCAGCAGAGGCAGACAUACAUCACUGUGCCAGCCAAUCAUCACAUGCAACCACUGCACAUUCGGGAAGUGUUGUUCAAUACACAGAGGCAAAACUUGUUCUUCAAACGCAUACCUCUCAAAGCACUGCCACAGAACAAAACGCUGUCCAGUUAUCGGCCACCAGCUCUGUUGUACAACAAGCUGUUGUUCAAAUUAAGGCCACUGAUUCAAAAGUCCAGCAAAAUCCAACCCAGCCAGAGGUGUCAGGCCUCGAUGCUCAGCAGACAACCACUCAGUCACAGUCCACUCAUGCCAAAUCUCAGCAAGAUGAAAGUCAAUCAAAAACCACUGACCUCACAGCCCAACAAGGAGCUAUGCAGUCACAAUCUACUGAUGCCUCAGCAAAACAUGACAUAGCCAUAUCCUUCAACAACAAUCCAGCUUCAACCCCAAGCGCCAUCCCAACUAAUAAACAAGAAAGCAAACUGGAAUUAAGUGGCAGUCUUGUGGCUGCUCUCCAUACCUUGCAAAGGGCAGUCAACGAACCAAAUGCAUUUAGCAAUCAAGAAGCGAGGACAGCCUACACCACAGUAUUGCAGGAGUGGCUUCGAGUGUCCUGUCACAAGGCUGCUGACACUGCAGUAGUCAAGGCGUACAUGGACACCUUUGCCUCCAUUUCCCCUCAGCUACUGGAGUUUGUCAUCAACAUGGCUGAUGGCAACGGAAACACAGCUCUGCACUAUACCGUCUCUCACUCAAACUUCCCUGUUGUCAAACUGCUGCUGGAUACUGGUCUUUGUAAUGCUGACAAGCAGAACAAGGCUGGUUACACAGCGAUCAUGUUGACUGCUCUGGCUGCCUUCAAUUCUGAAUGUGACCUUCAAACCGUCCUACAGCUGCUCCGCACUGGCGACGUCAAUGCCAAGGCCAGCCAGGCAGGGCAGACAGCGCUGAUGCUGGCAGUCAGUCAUGGCAGAGGGGACAUGGUGAAAGCUCUACUGUCCUGUGGAGCCCAGGUCAACCUGCGUGAUGAUGAUGGAUCCACAGCACUCAUGUGUGCCUGUGAGCAUGGGCAUGUGGACAUUGUGCGCCAGCUGCUGUCCGUGCCAGGCUGUGAUGCUACGCUUACUGACAAUGAUGGCAGCACUGCUCUCUCCAUUGCCCUGGAGGCCAGUCAAAAUGACAUCGCUGUGCUUCUUUAUGCACACCUUAAUUUUGCAAAGCCGCCUUCCCCUGUGUCACCAAAGUCUCCAAUUUUGGGAUCUUCUCCUCCCACCUCUGAAAUGAAGUGACCCCUUAAUCAAAUGGAUUUCAUGAAUUUGAUGUCAACUCUUCCAGCAGAAGUUCCUCGUCCAUUCCACUGUGUGUGUAUGUGAGUUUUUGUGUCUAUCUGUAUAGAUGUGUACAGUAUAGGUACCUACAUGUAAAAAAAUUUUAGGGGGAAUUUUCUCCACUUUUCCCCGAUUUUGCUCUAAGUCCAUGGGGUGGCGUAGUGACUCGCCUCAAUCCAGAUGGCGGAGGAUGAAUCUCAGCUGCCUCCACGUCUGAGACUGUCAACCCGCACAUCUUAUCCUGUGGCUCGUUGAGCAUAUUACCACGGAGAUAUAGCGCAUGUGGAGGCCCACGCCAUCCACCGCGGCAUCCACGGCCAACUCACUACGCCCCCAACAAGAGCAAACCACAUUAUAGCGACCUCGAGGAGGUUAUCCCAUGUGUCUCUACCCUCCCUAGCAACCGGGCCAAUUUGGUUGCUAAGGAGACCUGGCUGGAGUCACUCAGCACACUCUGGGAUUCGAACUCGCGAACUCCAGUGGUGGUAGCCAGCGUUUUUACCACUGAACUACCCAGGCCCCCCUACAGGUCUUGAAAAGACUCUCUUAAGACUCUUUUAGAAAAAUAGCACUUGAUACCAUUGGCCUUUUUCUGUUGUUUUUUUUUUUUCAAAAUUCUGUUCAAAUUUGACAGUAUAAAACUUUCUUUUUCCACAUGACAUCUUAGUUUUCAGUCAUCAGAUCACAGGUCACAGGUAGCUGCAGAAGAAAAGAUCAUUUAAAUAGAUGUGAUUCAAGUAUGAAUUACCAAAAAUGAGUGUGAAAGCAAUAUAAUUUGUUGUGAUGUAGCAAGUGUUACAUUAUAGAGUUAAAUGAUGUAAUUGCAUUUACUUUUAACUAGCCAGCUAUGUUUAACAUUCAAAUCAUCCAGUCUUAGUCAAACAGCAACUGAUUGAACUUGUAAAAGUGUAGUGUAAACAAUUACAAAAUCAUGUAUCUUGAUCAAGUGUCCUUUCAAAGUUUUUACAAUCCUCAGUAAAAUAAGAGUUUGACAAGAGGUAUCUGUUUUCACACCAGCUGUUUUCAAAACAUACAAUUUGAAAGCUUUUACAUAGUGAUAGUUUGUGAUGAUGAUACUAACUUUAAUUAUACAGUGCAGUUGUCUCAUCCUACGGAGAGAAACCUAGAGGUUAGGUCACUUUUCUAGGAGAUUUGUAUAGCUAUAUCUUUUACAAGCAGUAAAACAGUAUUUUAGUGUUUUUAUUGAAUAGAUGCACAGUGUGAGACUUCCACCUGCUGUAGCGUUUGUAGGCUUGUUUUUGUGUAAAUCAUGGACAGCAUCGGACCAUACAUUCUUUCACAACCAGUGCAGUAUUACAAAAGUGUGUAGUCUCUUGAGGACGUACUUUGUUUAGCCUGAGGACCUCAAGGUGUUUCUAUUGUGAAAAUAUAAAGACUGCAGCGGUUAUUAUAGUGUGCUUCAGUGUCGACAAUGACAUGUAUUGAAACUUUAUUGACUGAUGGCUCUCCAAAGACAUGAACCUAUAGAUAAAUUCAGAGAGAUCUCAAAAAGGUUAUACAGGAAUCUUUGUGUAUAAGAUUGCUAGUUGCAAUGAUACUUAGCCAGUGAAGGUAAUAUGAAGGUACGCAAGUUUUACAUGUAGAAGUUUCUAGAUUUGGUGGAUGAGACCUGAUGGAGUCUAGCGAGUGGACUGAGUCAGGUAUCAGUAAAAUGCACAUAGUUUGGUACUGGCACAUUUUCACUGAGCACUAUUAAACAUUUGAUUUAGUAUGUUUUUGCUCAGUGGCUGGUGGUUUUAGGGUCCAGAAUGUGGCGAGAAAGCUCAUAAUUGUCUCUGAUGAAUGUAAGAUGUUUUCCAAAAAUGAGAAUAAUAUAUGUCAUCUCCAAAGUUUUAGUGCAAAUACUAUAGAAUUUUUUGUAGACGUGUUUAACCACACGAGUUGGUGGUUUUAACAUUUUAAAUGGAAGAGCUUUGUUUUAAUUUGAAGGACUGUUUUGACUUGUUUUGUUUACCCACAUUGUACACGUGCUUUCUCAUAACCAGUUUAGUCACUAAUUAAUUUUAUUCUCUUUUGUAUUUGAUUUAUUUAACACUCUUUGAAUAGCUUUACAUGUGUAAUAUCUGUUCACAGCCUUUGUGUAUCUUUUGGCACAUUUGCCUGCUAUGUACCUUUUACGUGAAGUGCUCACAUUGAAAUUGGUUUGUUUUUUCCUCGUUUUGAAAAAGAAAAUAAAUUUAUAUAAGUGGAAAUGUG